AUGAAAGCACAAAGCAGGGCCGGCAGAGUCCCCUCCUGCCGUCCACUUCCCCGCGGCUCCCCCUUCUGCCCGACAGCCCCAAGCUCCGGGGCUGCCCCCGCUGCUGACCCCCGCACGGGCUCGGCCCACCGCGAUGGGAACCGCAGGGCGGGGGGCAGCGGGACCCCGAGCAGCCCCACCAGACGGACCCGGGACUCCUUUGGCUCAGCCCCGGUACAGCAGCUGGGGGGUCCCGGGCCGGAGGAGCCGCCCGGGGCCGCCCGGAGCCGCCGUGUUUCGGGCUCGGAGCGAGGUCUGAGGUACGGGGGGAGGCGCUGUCUCCGGGUGACCAAGGCCCCCGCGGCCUCCCAUUGGCUGGAGGGACGGCCUAAAGUUGCAUUCAGAGGUGGCAGUCGCUGCUGGAGUAGCGCCGAAGCUGGCGGGAGGCUGACUGAUGUGUUCAGUAGUGUAAUGACAGGCUCUGCCUCGCUGUAUGGUGGCUACAAAUCACAGAAUGAAGAAAAUGUAGAGCUACCUCAGACGUACAGUUCUUCCCUUUCCACAUCAGAGUACUCCGCACCUGUGGACUCUUCCCUUUUAUAUGUACCAUGGUCUACAUAUGGAGAUGAUACUAAGCAGCCUGCUGCUGCUCAGAGUAAUGCGAAGUCCAGGAUUCAGCCUGAAAGGAAUGAUUAUGGCAGUGAAGCAGAUUUAUAUGGCCUUGUGUCUAACAUCUUGGAUGAGCAAGAGAAAUCACAGCCAUAUUGUGCUGAGGGGAGUUGCCCUUCCAACUUGAAGUCCGUAUGGCCCAUGAACGUAACCAGAAUCAUGGACCACCAUGACUUAUUGCCAGAAACUAAAAGACCAGUUGUUGGAGCUGCCUCACAACAGGGUUUUUAUGGUAGUGAAUCUGUAUCUGCUGCUGAAAAACAGUACUUGCAAAGUGGUACCCUUGCGUCCCAGCAGGAAGCAGAUGAAUGUUACCACGGGUUUCCUGGCCUGGACCCUGAGGAGCAGAGUCUGUAUCCUCCCAGGAGCGAUCAUGCUAACUGUUGCAACAUGCAGACUAAUGAGAACAUGAAGACAAAACCCUCAUAUCAGAACUAUCCAUACAUAAAAAACACCUUUAUGCCCCCAGCUGGGUAUUCAGAAGUAAUCAAAGACUCAGGAGCUGAUGCUUAUCCUUACGGAAGGGAGAAGGCAUGUCCUAAAGGAGCAGACACCCUGUCGCACCAAAAGCGGGCGGAAAUGUUUCUUCCACAGUUUCAUAGAUAUAAUGAAAACACAAAUUAUAGUAGGUACCCUGAAUAUUCUCAUGCUAGUAAAGCAAAGCCUAACAAGAGUACCAAUUGCAGCUUCCAAGAAAAUAAAAAGUUAGUAAAUGGAACCACUGAGGCACCACCUCUGGACACAGAACCCUAUACUAAGUUAUUUCAAUUUAAAUCAGGAACUCAGAAAAAAAUACAAGAUACCAUUUUAGAUCAGCAAAACUUUACAUUUCCCAAGGCUGUAGGACUUCUACCAGAAAACCAAUUUGCAAAUGAAGCUUCAUUCUGCACUGAUUCAGGACAAAAAUUUGAAUAUGGACUAAAAUCUUUCACAGCUUGUCCAGGGAAUAGUGAUUGUGCAAAUGGUGUGGAAAAGCAGAAGUUUUCCAAGUCUGAUCUUCAGAAUUCUGAGUACUGUAAAUCGCUUCCAUUGUUACCAAAUGCAGCAAACCCUUCAGCAGGGACCAGCGUAAGGCCACCUUGGAUGAAUAUUCCAACAAAAACAGCUGCUUCUGCCCCAUUUCAGAAUCCUUUGCUGAAACUGAAUAAUCAUUUACCUGCUUUUCCAAAAAGUUUCAGUCAUUCUAAUAAUUUUUCACAGUUGCCAUCUUCAAAUUUCCCUUUAAAUAGUAAUUUAUUUCACAAGUACUUUCAAGAUAACCCUUCAUUUUUUUCAAGUCUUGAUUUUGGUUAUAAGACUGCAGAACAAUCUCGGUCUGCUGCUUGCAUGGAGACACUGGCUAGAAGUGGAGAAGAGAAUCUCAUUGAGUAUUUAAGUGAAAAGAAAUUCAAGCAGCCAAAUGGAUUCUGUGACAAUUAUGCAGCUCAGCAGUUUGGGAUCAUUGAAAACAUGAACAAACACCAUUUCCAGUUGAAGCCACCAAGUGAGUGUUACGAUCUGGAAGGACAGAAACGUGCAGAUGGGCUGUUGCAGAAUGUGUACCAGGAUUUCAUGGAGCCUCAGGCACAGUUUCAUCUCAGGCAGGGGAGUGGAGACAGUAAGGCCAUAAAUCCCCUGAUGUGCCUGCAGGCUCCAAGGUUUCCCAGCAAUUGCAUGAUGGGUGACUUCAGACGGAAUCAGCAGCUGGGCUCAGGUGCCUUCCCCUUGGGAUCAGGUCGCCUCUUUGGCCAUUCCGUUGUCCCUCUGAUGGAGUCUCCUGACUUGUUCUCCCAUGAUGAUUUAAAAUGUUUCUACCCUUAUUUUAAUGAUAAGGUGUAUGGUGAGAGUCCGUUCUCUGGGUUUGUGCCAGCAUUUGGAUUUCAGAAGCAAGUUAAAAGCCGUAGUGGGCCUGCCAACGAGCUUUAUGUUAGACUGGAAGAAUGUUACGAGCAGUGGAGAGCUUUGGAGAAAGAAAGAAAGAAGACUGAAUCAGCUCUUGCUAAGAAUUUCCAAAGGAAAAAGGUUUCCAGUGCUAACAACACUCCAGUUCCAAGGCUGACAUCAAACCCAUCAAGAGUUGAUCGCUUAAUUGUGGAUCAGCUUCGUGAACAAGCCAGAGUUGUGACUUUACUGGGAAAAAUGGAGCGCCUUCGCAGUUCUCCCCUUCAUGCUAACAUUUCCACUGCUCUUGAUAAACAUCUGGAGGUAAUUCAUGUAGUGCAGUCACGUAGAAAAGAUGAAAUUGUAAAUGCUUCCAAUCGACAGAGGCAAGGAGCUCCCAGAUGCCAGGAUGACAGAGAUGUGUUUGCUCUGGCUUUGGCAAUUAAAGAAAUGAUCGUAACGACACGUAAAGCCCGUACGACUCUGUGGUGUGCGCUCCAGAUGACCUUACCCAAAUCUGCAGCUGGAAAACAGGACCCGGAGAAAGCACUUUGGGAGCUGGAGCAGCCCGGGCAGAAAGCCUGUGAAAACCCGGAUGGCAGCAGCAUCCCAAGUCAGAGGGCUGACAUGAGCAAGCGCUAA